AAAGAAAGAAGAUCCUACUGUCACAGAAAAUAUCAUAAAAAGUCUGGUUCUUUGUGGGGGUUUCUACCAGUUACUGUGACAGUGCCAUUUGGGUUCACACAUCCAAAUGGGUGAAUCCGACUUUUACUUAAAAUCAUUUCCAGACUACUAUGAAGAGUAUGGGAACUCCAGUAAUUUUAACAACUCUAGUAAUAUGUGUGAAAUGGAUGACCUCCACACAUUUGGUGCCCAUCUCACCACCAUCCUGUACUCUCUGACUUUUGUUUUUGGCCUGCUAGGAAAUAGUUUGGUGUUAUGGAUCCUAAUGAAGUAUGAAAACCUUGUGUCUUUAACAAACAUCUUCAUCAUGAACCUUUGCAUCUCUGACCUGGUCUUCUCUUGCAUGCUGCCCUUCUGGAUCGUGUAUCAUUUGCAUGGAUGGAUAUUUGGUGAUUUCCUCUGCAAGGCUGUGAAUGCUGUUUUCUCCAUCAGCUACUACAGUGGUAUUAUUUUUUUGACCAUAAUGACUAUUCUCCGGUACUUGGCAGUGGUGAACCCCUUGUCAGCCUUGAGUACUCAGACACGCCAGCGUGGCAUUCAGGUGAGCUUGGCCAUUUGGGGUGCUAGCAUGUUAGUUGUGGUUCCUGAGAUGAUUUUCACCCAAGCGCAAAUUGAUCUGGAUGGUUUCAGGACCUGUGAUUACAUUGACAUGCAUUGGAAAAAGAUAGAAAUGUAUCAGCGAAAUGUCUUCUUUCUCUUUUCCUUUGCUGUUAUUGUAUUUUGUUACGUCAAGAUACUACAAAUUCUGCUCAGAACAAGAUCUCACAGGAAGCACAGAACUGUGAGACUCAUCUUUACCAUUGUGGUAGCUUUUUUCCUGAGUUGGGCACCUUAUAAUAUAAUCUGUUUCCUGCAAACUUUGCCAGCUCCUUACAUCUUUCUGACCUGUGAGAUCCAAAAGAACUUUGCAUAUGCCUUCUACAUCAGCCGCAAAAUUGCCUUUUCCCACUGCUGCCUCAACCCUGUGCUCUAUGUAUUUGUUGGCGUCAAAUUCAGAACACAUUUGAUGCACCUGUGCAAUUACCUCUGGCCAUUCAACAAUGGGACAAUCUCCAGCCCCAGGAUUUAUUCUCAUGGCAAAUUCCACUAUGAAGAUCAUUCCAUUUACUGAAGGCUGCUCUGCAGUGCUAAGCAUGAGUGAAAUAUUCAGAUUUUAAAGCCAUUAACAAUAGUUGAUUUUAGAGGCGUUCACUUGAAAGACUCACACAUUUAUUCUUUGGAAUAUUUGAGAUGUGGAAAAAUAAUAGAAAAUGUAUUUCCAUGGGGAGGGGGUAACAUCAUCUCUAGGCUUUUCUAGAUAAGGGGCCAAAUUCUGCUCUCUUACAUUCCUGCAAUUCCAUCAUAUCCAGUAGCAUUGAAGCAGAGUAAAUGAGAGCAGAACUCACCCACUGUCUCUACCUGGGAUUAAGCCAGGUUUUAUUAGUUUGACAGUAGCUACAUAACUCAGAAUACCUGAUGUUUUCAAGGUAAACUUUUCACUGCUGCUGUGUACAAAGCUAUUAAUAUUAUAAGAUUAACACAAACCCAUUUUCUGAUCCUCAAUAGGAAGUCUUGGUGGUUGCUGCGUGGUAGAAGGAAUUAAGUUAAUAAGUGUGUUAAUACUUUCUUAAUUCUUGUAAAGUCAUAGUACAGAGUGAAGAAUGAGCCAGCUUCAUUUCUUGUUUUGAUAGUGAUAUCUCAAUAUAUAUUGUUUCCUUUAUUUGUAAAAUAAAUAUUUUACUUUAGAAAGCUAGAACAGUAGGUCUUAAUGUAAAUGCUUGUUUUGCAGUUCCAGCUGGUAUUUAAAAUAUUUCAUCUAUGUACAGAAGUGUUUGAAUCUCUGAAAAGCAGGUCCAGUCAAAGUUAGGCAUGCACAUAUCUUUGAGUAUACCAGCUUAUGCAUACAAAUAUGAGAUGUGCCUAUGCAACUCAGGUAGAUGCCCAGCUCAGCUAGACGAAGCUGAAAAUACCCAUGUGUGCAAAUAGCGGAGUGGUGUGUGAGCUUUUUGGUAUUUACAUGCAGCAUUUAGGCAUGUGCAAACCCUUGCAUGCACACAGCUUUGACAAUCUAGCUCUUAAGGUGUGAGACUCCUCGACUUUAAGGCCAGAAGGCACCAUCAUGAUCAUCUAGUCUGACUUCCUGCAACAAUCCAUUUUAAAUACAAUAUAUUUUUACAUUAUUGUUAAUUCCAUUGGCUUAUUUUUAUUAUAUAUUUUCAAUACAGAACUAUAUAUUAUUGUAAUGGGAUUAUUGAGAUGUUAAACACAUAAGUCAAGAAGUAUUAACUAAAGAUUUUCAUGAGAACUGACACUCUGCCAUGUUUUCAACCUGUAUUUUUCCUCCAAGCCAUGUGUGUUACAUCUGUUGCCUACUCAUAACAUAACUGCAUUACAGAUUCUCUGGAAACCAGUGCUUGCAAUUUCUUAACCUUGAUGUAGAAUCUCAGACAUGACAUUGCAUUUAUGUAGUUCUUUGCAAUGGACCCUGAAUUAGUUCUUGAUUCCAUUUGGUAACCCCCUUUCCUAAGAAACCACUUUACAGCGUUCCCAUGUAGUCCUCACUACAAUUUAGUCUGAUUUGUAGUUAAAAUUGACCUUUAGUAGGCAACAGAUUCUGGGGUGGUUGCUUUAAGAAAAGUUUCACUAUACCUUUUUAGUCUGAGCUUGAAUUCAGCUACCAGAACUAAAUUCUCAAUCUUCCCAUGUCUCAUUUGAGAUACUCUGGGGAAAUCCAUCCAUCCCAUUAAACAUGAGUGAGUUUACAGCUAACACUUUUGGGAUAAGCCUUUUCAUUGUCUUUAGCUGAGGUAUCUUAGCUUGGGGUGGAGGAUUCCAGCCAAAGAGACUCCUCAAAAGACCACUGAAAUUAAGGAGAUUCUUUCCACUGACUUCAAUAGACUUAAAAUCAGGGCAAAAAUGCCUCCAGCUAUGCAGAUGAAGACUACCCAAAGGAAAAUGGAUCUGAUUCAGGAAUACCUCCAGGAAUAAUUCCAUUGACUUCAACAAAGCUACACCUGAGUAAACAAGAGUAAAUUAAGGUGUCUGCAUCAUUCAAAGGAUUCUGAAAACUUAACUAUGACAGGUGCUAUGAGGCACCCUCUAUAAUUCUUGUUUUGGUUUUAUUUCAUACUCUAUAUGAGGCUGGGCAAUAUAAUAAAGGGAUAAGAUUAACCAGGUGGAUUGUUUUUUGUUUUUGUUUUUUGUUUUUUAGCUUUAAACAGUUUAGUUAAAUUUAGUUUGAUUUUUAACUUUGUGUUUUGGUUAGGAUAUCUGUAUUUCUGAAAAUGGAGUAUGUAAAGAAAAUUGAAUUUUACUAAUGCAGAAUAACAUGUAACAUUUGGUAUUUUCUGUUUUUGAUUAAUUCCUAUUAAAACUAUACCUGAAGUAUUUGCAGUUUGUCAUGUGAUUAUGAGCUCUCUUGGGAAGGAACUGUCUUCUCUACUUGUCUGUACAGUGCCUACCGCACUGGAGCCCUGAUCUGUAACUGGGGUUCUUAAGCACUACUAUAAUAUAAAAUAUCUAGCUCUUUUAUAUAACAGUUUUUACACCCACAGAUCUCAAAGUGCUUUGCGGGGGAGGUUAAUAUCAUUACCCCCAUUUUACAGAUGGCGGGGGGGAACCAAGGUACGGCUAGUAGUAGUGAUUUGCCCAAGGUCACCCAUGGGUUAAUGACAGACCCAGGAUUAGAACUCAGUUCUACUAUUCCAUCUAUUCUAUUCCAUCUACUAGGCUACACUGUCUUUCUAUACAUAAAUUUAUUAUGCAAAACAAGAAUGUGGACUAUAAACCACUGUACAUAGUGUAGCUUCCUAAUGCUCUUAAUCUUCAUUUUGCAAAAUAUAGUACAAAGCUGAGGUUUGGGG